AUGCCGUACCGCAGGCGCUUCUCUGCUAAAAUGCCAGAUUUCGAUGACGAAGUUACCGUCGUCGACGUUUACGAUUUGGCGUCAGAUAUAGGAAAGGAAUGCGAAAUUAUAAUAGAGAAAUACGGCCCCGAUGCUGUAACGGCGCUAUUGCCGAAAGUUAUCAAUGCUCUUGAGCUAUUGGAGAAUUUAGCAGUAAGAAAUGAAAAAGAAAAUCAAGCUUUACAUGAGCUGACUGCUAAAAUUUCACAGUUGGAAAACGACAAAAUAGAAAAGGCUGAAUACAGACAACGGUUCGAGAAGGAAAUAGAAGCCAUCGAAGAGCAAUGGCGCACUGAGUCAGCUGAAUUGGUGACAGCUGUAGCGCGGCUUCAGGAUGAGAAUAAACGUCUGAGGCGGACUAUAAACGCGCCUGCGGACGGCACAAGCGCCCCACCAUCGCCAGCGCGUGAGCACGACCAAGAAGUCCUCUCGCGACUGAGCAGUACCGCGGAGAAGCAACGAGCCACAUUGCGACACCAGGAGGUACAGUUGCAAGAGAAGCAGCAGCUCAUUGAAAGUUUGACGAACCAAGUGGAAAAGUUGGCGCAGGUCAGUCGCGAUCUACGACGGAAGCACAAGCAGCUACAAAACCAGGUGCGCUUAGUAUGCGAAGAACGCACUGAACUGACCGCUAUAGUCCAAUCACAACAGAGGGAUAUCGCCGCGCUACAGCAAUCCGAUGCCCGGAACAAGCAAAAGUGCACUUCAUGUGGCGCGGGCUUCGCCGAGGGCCCGGACGACGAGGACCAGUCGUCGAAGCCGACUUUCAGUGUGCGAGAACUGCGCGCCAUACUGCACGAGCGGAACGAACUAAAGUUAAAACUCAACCGCGCCGAAGAACAGUUACAAGCGCUACAGGUCGAGCCGCAGCCGGAUAGUACAAGUUCGGACACGUCCCCAUCGGUGAGCACAACCGUCAAUGAGGAGGAAGAGGCGCCUGUCCAAGGUCCGUUGCCCGCAGAACCUGACGACGCCCCGUGGAAACGCAACAGUGGAAUAAGGAAGUUUUUUCGCAAGCUCUUUGCUGAGUCUGAUCUCGCCGUGGGCGCGUUCCCCCGGCCGCUGGCGGCGCGGGGCCGGGCCGCGGCCUGUGGCGCCGCCUCCGCCCCCGCGUAG